UAGUAGCAAGUGAUUGUUAUCCACCAAACCACACGUCAAGUUACAGAUAGCUCUUUGAAUCCAUCCCGCAUUGUUUAAUAGGUGUGUCUGGGUGUGUAUUAGCUACACACAGCUUCGAAAUGUCCGAGUCAAGUCCUCUGACGGCUUUCUUUGGCCAGAUGAAAAACUUGGGUGGCAUCGUUGUCCAAGAACAACCAAAGCUCGACCUCGAUCUCUAUAUCCAGAAUUACACCGGCCGAACAAGAAUCGAUCGCCUCAUCCAAAUCGGAAAGUCCUCCGUACCACUUUGUAUCGACGCGCUGAAGGCUGCAAUCGCCGAGAUCAAGAAAGGCUCAGAUGUGGCCCUAUACGUCGAAGCUUGGGGCUGCAUUCGCGUUGCCGCUCCUGAUGACCCCGAUGCCCAAAAAGAUCAAGCAUGGAUCGAUAGAGUCGAGCGCGAGAACAAGAUGGAAGCUGCACGGCUCGAAACCCAGCUUAAGCAGUACCGACACAAUUUGAUCAAAGAGAGCAUCCGAAUGGGAAACGAAGAUUUGGGUUUGCAUUUCGAAAAAACCGGAUAUUUAGAGGCAGCAGCCGAGGCGUACAACCGCAUGCGCCAGGACGUAACCACCACCAAACACAUUAUCGAUUGCGGCAUCCACCUCGUGAAUGUCUAUAUCGCUAGACGGGACUGGACCAUGGUUCUUAACAAUCUGGGUAAGAUCGUCGGCGUUCAGAGUGGUGAGGAGGAACGUACAUAUCAGCCAUACACAAAACUUGUCUCCGGUAUUGCGCUCCUUGGUCUUAAGCACUACAAGGAUGCAGCCAACAACUUCCUCCAAGUUGACUUCACCCUACCGCCUGCGCAAUACAACCACAUCGCUAGCCCAAACGACAUUGCCGUUUACGGAGGUCUCCUUGCCCUGGCCACUAUGGAUAGACAGGAGCUUCAAACUCGAGUCUUGGACAACCAGUCGUUCCGUUCGUUCCUAGAACACGAGUCGCACGUUCGCAAGGCCAUCAGUCUUUUUGUCAAUGGCAGAUACUCAAACUGCCUCGCUAUUCUCGAGUCCAUUCGAAACGACUGUCUCCUGGACAUCUACCUACAGCGCCACGUCUCAUCGCUCUACUCACAGAUCCGAAGAAAAUGCAUUGUCCAGUACUUCAUACCAUUCUCGUGUGUCACCCUCGAGAGCUUGAACCAAGCAUUUGCGCAAGAAGGAGAGUCAGUCGAGAUGGAGCUCGUAUCUAUGAUCCGCGAGGGAAUACUCAAGGCCCGUCUAGAUAUCAAGGAACAGUUGCUCAUUGCAGACCAACCCAACCCGAGACUUGAGAUGCAGAAGCAGGCACUUGAGGUCGCUACCAAGUACGAGGAGGAAGCCAAGGAGAGACUCCGUCGCAUCAGCCUCAUUGCCGCUGGUCUUGAGGUUGCAGGAAGGGCAAAAGGACCUGGCCUUGGUGGUCGUGGAAUAGAUGAACAGUGGUACGGUGAGAGCAAGGCACCGGGACAGCCAGGCGCCGUCGAGGCCUAGGAAUUUUGGUGCACAAUGGUAGAAGAUUGUCCGCCUGGGCCCUUUUCGACUGACCCGACGAGGAAGCUGAGCGAGCUGGGUAUCACAAUCUGAACCAAUGGACUGCAUAUGGCAUUACAGCCUAGGCGUUAGGAAUUCCUGAUCAUGGUUAUCCACUUACGGGUAUGGAACUACACUGCGGCAGAUUAGAUGAGGCGUCAGGAGCAUACUUCGAAAUAAAUCAUUCCGCCUAACGUUGUUCUUGU